AUGGAAGGUGGAGGAGAAGGUACUGUUACUGGUGGAGAUGCUUGUGGGCAUGGAAAUUCCCAAAGUAAUCAUCCCAUAUGUCGGUCCGGUCCACCAUUCACUGCCAUAGACAGGUUUUUGUACGGUCACAACACCCAUUUCUCUCAGACACAGACCCAAAACCAUGCAAAGAACAAGGAAGUAGUUGUUUCGGAUACCGUUUUGUGCAGUUUUCCUCGGUCUUGGGGUGCAAUUGGUGGUGGGUUUUCCUGGCCGAGCAUUCCAGAGGUGAAUGUUUCUGACGAUUUUUUUGUGGACGGAGAGACUCUGAAUUGGAUGCAUGAGGGAAGCCCUACCAUGGGAUUGAAAGAAAAAAUGGAAGUUUCAGGGAAGAGUAGUUCUAAAGGGGUGGGAAAGGCAGCUAGAAAAGGCUCUUCUGAAGCUUUAAUCAAGGGGCAAUGGACUGAUGAAGAAGACAGGAAACUAAUUAGGUUGGUGAAGCAAUACGGAGUGAGAAAAUGGGCUCAGAUAGCUGAAAAGUUGGCUGGAAGAGCUGGUUUUUUUAUGGGAUUAGAUCAGUCUGAGGAUGAUCUAAUUGAGCUGACUACUCUCAGAUUUGAUAUACAAUCACCCAUUACUUCGAUCGAGAUGAAAAACCAUAGAUUUCAUUAUCUGAAGGAUAGCUGGAGUGAAGAAGAGGAGAGGAUAUUAGUGGAAACUCAUGCAAAGGUCGGGAACAGGUGGGCAGAGAUAGCAAAGUUCAUUCCAGGAAGAACAGAAAAUGCUAUAAAGAACCACUGGAAUGCCACCAGAAGAAGGCAGAAUUCAAGAAGAAAGAACAAACAGACAGAGAAUCAAAAGGCCGGAAAGCCACAUUCAUCUGUUCUUCAAGACUAUAUCAGAAGCAAAAGUACUCUGAUGAUCAGUAAGAGUACUAGUACUACAACUUCCAGCAAAACUAUGAUCGAAAAUCCAUUGACCCAAUUCAACAAUUUCCUCCCGGAACUGUCAGAGAUUUCUCCCUUAACCCAUGAUGAGGUUGACUCUCCCACCAUGAAUAUUUCUCUGACAUAUGAUGAUGAGCUUCUCUUCAUGCAAAACCUUUUUGCAAACCAUUUCGAUCAGCCCUAUGUUCAUGACAACAUUAAUAAAGUCAUGACUACUGCUGAUGAUCCGACAGUACUACUGGCCGAAACAUUUCAUGUUGUUGAUGAUCAGUUUAAGGAUUCUUCAACAUCCAUUGAUUCUAACGACUUUCGUCAAAACAAAGGUGAUCAGCUGCUCACUGAUGUUGUUGAAUGCGGGUUUUCAUCUUUUACUUCAAAAUCAAGCUUGCAGUACUGCAUAAAUAACGAGGUCCUCCAAGCAAAAGGGACAUUCACUUCCACCAGUGCUACUGCAACCACCUACUUGCAUUCUGACCUCUACCUCUCUAAUUACCUGCUGAAUGGGGCCGCAAAUUCGUUGUCUGCAAAUGAUUACAGCUACGACGACAACAUCAUGAACGUUGAUUUGCUGACAGACCAAUCCCUUGAUGACUUUUCGACUGGAAGGAAAGAAAUCGACUUGUUUGAGUUUGUGUCUUCAAAUUCCCAGUCCUCUCAGGGCAGCAACAGCAGCUUCUUCCUAGCUUAA